CCUUCGCUCCUCCUGCUGCCUCGGCAACCCUCUCCUCGGUGCACCCGCAUUUCGAUUCAUGAGACUCUCCUCGCUGCCUGGCAACACAUCCCACAUCCGCAACAUACUCUCUGGACCACUGGGCUUCCUUCUCGUUGACACAGACAGGCCACCUUAGCACUCUCUUGCCCUACAGCCCUACCUGACAACCGUCGCUCUUCCAUAUGGGAUAAUUGCACUCUCCUAGCCUCGGAUCCAGGUCGCCUGCUCCGACUGCACUGCACGUCUCAAUACCCUACCGCGCCAGUAGACAAGAACAUCACAUCCACCAUAACUACCUCUUAUACCGUAUUUAAGCAUCCUCUCUGCUUAUAAACCGACACCAUGUACGGUGCACUCAAGGCCCCUUCGUUCUUCCGCCCCACCAGUCGCCCAUCUUCACCGGUCAUGUCGCCAGUCCCGGACCCUGCGAUCGGUGUCGACAGGACUGCACGACCGCUCUCCAAGCUCUCACUCGCAACUUUCCGGAAGCCGUCUCCGUCUCCAGUCCCGCCGCCGACGCGCGUAGCAUCCGCUACUGUGACCCAGGAUGGCUCUUACAUGGACGUCUUGAGUCUCAAGCUCAGCGAAGCGGUCUCCAAGGCCCUGGCCCAGCCCACCGGACCCGGAGUCCCCAACGAAAUCCUUCAUGGCAGGCGGCCAAUUCCACCGGGGCGUGGACGUGCGCUGGGCGCCCUCAUUGCCUCGGAGAUCAAGGCUUCGCGUGACAAUCCGCAUCUCUAUCGUGCACUGCUUCGGUCGUUGCAGCGACCGCUGUCUGUGCUGCUGUCAAACCUGUCGAGUGACCUUCUCCCGCUGUUGGCAUCCCCGGCGUUCCUCAAUAAUCUCGUUCCGACGCCGCAGAACCCGAACCCGAAUGCCACACAGCUUCAUGCCAUUGGCCUCGCUACUCUGGCUGGCGAGAUUGUCGAGGCAUUCGAUGGCUUGGGCUUGGGCCUCGAGACAGACAUGAGGGGCGACGGCCUCAAGGCUAUUCGCGAGGGCCUGGUGUCGAUGGUCCGGAGGGUUGUGGAGCCCCUCAUCACCGGUAUCAAGAACGAACUCAUGCCGCUGUUGGAUGCCCUCGAAGCCAAUCCCAACUCACCCAGUGCUCCGAGAGGCUCGCGGUCGCCCAUGUCCCACUCGUCCAUCAUGACUAUGCAGGGCCUGAUACCGGUAUAUGCGCGCGCUCUUGGUCGCUAUGCCACUUCGGCCGUCGCGGAGAAUUCCCUUGCCUCGCUUCUCAUCUCGCUCAUUUGGAGAGGACUCGUGGCGCUUUCUAACCGACCAAGUCCGCCACAGACACCGCCGGCUUCGCCGACUUUGACCUCGACGAAGGCGAAGGACGGGAGGCGGGCUGCCUCCCAGACGCGCUUGACUCCGCCUGCUACGCCGCCGGCGAGCAGAUUUACCCUGAAGCUUCCUCCCUCGAGGCCGCCAUCUCCGCCAGCGGCACCCAGUGGCCGUGGCACGAGUGCAGCAGCCGACUGCCAUGCUCUAUGCGACCUCCUGAACCUGCUUCCUCGUCCCUCGGCUGACAAGGAGUCCACUCGCCUAGCCCGAGAGGCAGUCGACGAAGGUUACGAGGCUUUGAAGUCGCUGACUGGGCUCCUGGAGGCUGUCCAGGCUACAGUCGCAUCGAGCCGCGGACGUGCUGGCAGCCCAGCGGGCCUCACGGAACUCGAGCACGAGCUCGAGAACCUCACUGCAGACCUGCCCAUGCUCAUUGCGCUCCCCGUCCUGCUGCGCACCUUCCUGCCUCACAUCGGGGCGGAACAGGAGCGCACCGUCUCGUCCAUCCUAGGGUUGUCCGAGGCGGACUAUCGCAGGGGCUGCCUGGGCGGGUUCGGUCGCGCGGAGGAGUGCACAGAUGCUGUGGGCAAGCGCAUCCUUGAUGCGCUCCGUUCGGGGGCGCUGGUGGGCACGAGCGAGAAGCUAGACGUGCUGAUGAGGUGGGUGGAGGGCCAGAUUGCUGCUGCGAAUGCGGAGCAGCAUUGACUAUCCGAUGGACCGUUGUCGCCGUCCGUAGUAUGUAGGGAUCUUCUUAUUCGCGUAUUUAUGCUCCGCGUCGGGAUCAUACACGGGUCCUUGGCGACAUUGUCGGUACUCAUGCACGUCGCGUGUGGUGCCUAUACGGAAAUGCACUCGUGGCUGUUUCGUUUCGGUGUGGUCGGACUAGUGCGGGCUGCAGGGGAUAGACUGCUAGAGGCAUGUCUUGCGUGUACGUCCAUGGACAGUCGCUGUGUCUCGUGUCGUCGCUUUCGCAGUAGACCUAGACCUCUGUAUCAUAGGUUUCGUUUUUUUCGCAUACAAUACAUCCAUAUCUAUUUUCAAGCUACAG